UUUGAAAUGUUUAACUUGUAUGCAGCAUCUGAUUGUGGAAAAAGUUGUGCUAGAAAGUCAUUUGUUGCUGGAGGCGACACGACUAGUCCUGGUGAGUUCCCAUGGCAAGCAAUGCUGUGUUCUCCUCGGUUGGGACAACAUUGUGGAGGAGUUCUCAUUUCAGAGAGAUGUGUGCUAACAGCAGCACAUUGCUUAAAGUAUCAGAGCAAUAAUAGAAAGACUAUCACAGUUUGCUUGGGCAAAAAUUGCGGCAAUUGCUCCGAAUCUGAUUCUUUAUCCAAUUCCGUUUGUUCCAAUUCUUCGUCGAUAAUCAUACAUCCAAAUUUUAAUCAAACUUCUUUCGAUCAUGAUAUCGCAGUUUUGAAACUUGCUCGUCCGGUUAACUGCAAUUGUCGAACGAUCAUGCCAGUGUGUCUACCAGACAAGGCAAGAGAUUCGUCAUACAUCCGAGCUCAACAAAACGGCAUCGUCACUGGAUGGGGUCGCGUCAAUUCGACAGUCAGCAGAUCUAGAUGUUUACGUAAAGGCGAUGUCAGGUUGAAAUCUCGCCGUCUUUGUCAAAUAAAGCAUCAAGGUUACCAAAUAACUGAGAACAUGCUGUGUGCUACUGAUUACAACGGUGCCUGUGAAGGAGACAGUGGCGGACCUCUGGUGGUAAAGAACAGAAAGUUUAGAGGUCGCUAUGUGUUGGCAGGAGUUGUGAGUUGGGGAAUCGGUUGUGGCGAAAAGACAAAGUUUGGAGUCUACACAGAUGUGAUCAGUCAUCUCGACUGGAUCAAGUCUAGUUGUGGCAUCAACUGAA